AUGAACCCCCACCAGAAGAACAAGGUCGACAUCAACGUGAGAUCUCCGUCCGCUACUAUAUGCACCUCUCGACUCAUCAUAUCCGAACAGGCCAUGUCACCCGACGAGCAGCGUCUGUUCCGCAUGUACGGCAAGCUGCCCGACAAGAAGAACCUGCUGCAGAACAAGCUCAAGCGCAAAUACUUCGACAGCGGUGACUACGCUCUCAGCAAGGCCGGCAAGGCAGGCGAUGUUGGCGUCACCAGCAUCGGCGUUGAGCACCCUUCACCAGACACUAUCCCUCACCUCUCCUCUUCACCGAGCACGCAAACUCCUGGCAACCCCAACGGCAACCCCGGCCUCAACCUACAGCCCACCCAGAGCCACCAAUCAUACGUUUCAGGCAGCCCAGUCAAGGAGAGCAGUAUCCUGCAAAGAGGCAUGAGCGUCGACGACCAGGAUGGCGAGAUCAAGAGUGCAAUGGAGAAGCGUGCUCAAGUUGCUUCAUCUGGCCUCUCUCCUUCGUCUGAGAGCGACGCCGUGCCAAUUCGUCAAUAG